AUGGCCCCGGAAAAGGACGUGGUGGUCGUUACCGGCUGUGGAGGCAUGGGCCUCGCCAUCGCGCGCCGCGUGGGCAGCGGUGCCUGCAUCCUCCUGGCCGACUACUCGCACGUUACGCUCGAGAGGGCCGUGCAAGCACUCCGCGAAGAAGGCCACAGCGCGCAAGGUGUGCAGGCAGACGUGGCUGACCUCAGCGCGGUCAACAGACUCGCAUCGCACGCCGCUAGGCUUGGCUCGAUAAGGGUGGUCGCCCACACGGCCGGCGUGGCCAUGAAUCAAGCGCCUCCCAGCCGAAUUUACCAAGUGAACCUACUGGGCACCGCAAAUGUGAUCGAGGCGUUCUAUCCUUUCGCGACGGCCGGUACUUCUCUAGUCGCAAUCUCCAGCGCAGCCGGACACGGCUUGCAAGGCUUACUCUCGCCGGACCUCGAACAGCACCUGGCGACUGCCCCAUUGCAAACCUUGUUGCAGCAUCCCGACUUCCCUACAGACUUCUUUGGCCCGGUGACCGAGAGCGAAGACCAGCGUUCCCGCAUAAGUGCAUACGGGAUCUCGAAGCGAGGGAAUAUCCUGCGCGUGCAGGCGUCUGCACCCUCAUGGGCGAGCAAAGGUGCUAGGACCAACUCGGUUAGUCCUGGGGUGGUGCAAUCCACCAUGAUGAGAGAGGAGCUGGAGGGGCCUGGGGCGUCUCCAAUUCGGAAGGCUAUUGAUCGGACUGCUGCUGGGAGGUUGGGGACGACGGCCGACAUUGCGAAUGCGGUUGCGUUUUUAUGUUCCAAGGAUGCGACUUUUGUCAUGGGAAGCGAUUUGUUGGUCGAUGGAGGAUUGACAGCCUCAAACGUUUGGGGCCAUGGGGAUUUGGAGUAG